GCCCGUGCGUCCCCAAAGGCCCCAGACCCAGCACGGGAGGCCGCCGCCCCCGGGCUGUGAGCGCAGGGACCCCGCUAGCCGCCACCUGGACGGGCAGCGGUGGGACUGCGUGCCGGACCCCAGGCCGGGAUCCCGGGGGGGCGGUGCUCGCGGCUGGGGGGCGGGGGGAGGAGUCGGCGGGGGCCGAGCGGGCGGGGCGCCAGGUGGGGCGGCUCCUCCGUGCGCUCCUCCGCCCUCGCGCCCGCCCCGCGCCGCGCGCCCUCCCGCCUCCGCCCGCCUGUGCGCCGCCGCGGCCGCCGGGGAAGCAACUUCGCGAGCGCCCGCGACCUGCCGGCCCCCGGCCCCGCGCCCCCCGGCGCCCGGCACCCCGAGGCCAUGGACGAGCUGGCCCGGCUGCUGCCCCCGCUCCUCCUGCUCUGCGCGCAGCAGCCCCGCGGCACCAGGGCGAUGAAUGACAUUGGGGACUACGUGGGCUCCAACCUGGAGAUCUCAUGGCUGCCCAACCUGGACCACCUGAUGGAGGGCUACGCCCGGAACUUCCGCCCCUGCAUCGGAGGCCCCCCUGUGAACGUGGCGCUUGCCAUCGAGGUAGCCAGCAUCGACCACAUCUCCGAGGUGAACAUGGAGUACACCAUGACCGUGUUCCUGCACCAGAGCUGGCGGGACGGCCGGCUGUCCUACAACCACACCAACGAGACGCUGGGGCUGGACAGCCGCUUCGUGGACUGGCUCUGGCUCCCCGACACCUUCAUCGUCAACGCCAAGUCCGCCUGGUUCCACGACGUGACCGUGGAGAACAAGCUCAUCCGGCUGCAGCCCGACGGGGUGAUCCUGUACAGCAUCAGAAUCACCGCCACGGUGGCCUGCGACAUGGACUUGGCCAAGUACCCGAUGGACGAGCAGGAGUGCACGCUGCACCUGGAGAGCUACGGCUACUCGGCUGAGGACAUCGUGUACUACUGGUCGGAGAACCAGCAGCAGAUCCACGGGCUGGACAAGCUGCAGCUGGCCCAGUUCACCAUCACCAGCUACCGCUUCACCACCGAGCUGAUGAACUUCAAGUCGGCCGGCCAGUUCCCUCGGCUCAGCCUGUACUUCCACCUGCGGAGGAACCGGGGCGUCUACAUCAUCCAGUCCUACAUGCCCUCCGUCCUGCUGGUCGCCAUGUCCUGGGUCUCCUUCUGGAUCAGCCAGGCGGCCGUGCCUGCCAGGGUGUCCCUAGGCAUCACCACGGUGCUGACCAUGACCACCCUGAUGGUCAGCGCCCGCUCCUCCCUCCCGCGGGCGUCGGCCAUCAAGGCGCUGGACGUGUACUUCUGGAUCUGCUACGUGUUCGUCUUCGCCGCGCUGGUGGAAUACGCCUUCGCCCACUUCAACGCCGACUACCGGAGGAAGCAGAAGGCCAGGGUCAAGGUCACGGAGCGGAGGGCAGAGGUGGACGUGAAGCACGCCAUCGUGCUGUUCUCCCUCUCGGCUGCCGGCGUCUCCCAGGAGCUGGCCGUGUCCCGGCGGCCGAGCCGCCUGCCCGGGAACCUCCUGGGCUCCUACCGGUCGGUGGAGGUGGAGGCGGGGCCGGCUGAGAAGCAGGGAGGCCUCCGCUCCCUUUUCAAGCCCAUCGACGCGGACACCAUCGACAUCUACGCCCGCGCCGUGUUCCCCGCGGCCUUCGCGGCCGUCAACAUCAUUUACUGGGCGGCCUACGCCCUCUGAGCGGGCGCCCGGCCUCCUGCCGCACAGCCUCUGGGGAGAGGGACCCUCGCGUGGCUUGGAUCGGCGAGUUCCAGAGUGGAGGCCACGACAGACCACGUGGCACAGGAGGAACACGUGGCCCCCCGUCGCCUGGCCCGUCCCCACCUCUGGGAACACCACCCCGGGGCCCUCCCGCCUGCAGACGCCCAGCCCAGCUCCUCGAUCCAACAGCAGAGCCCUGACCCGCGCUGAGCCAGGGCGCGGGGCCUGGGGGCCACGCACUUGACUCGGGAAACGACCCUGACUCCCGGGCGUCCGUCCGUGGGGUGAACCGGGAGGGGAGGCAGCUGGGCGUGGGUGUGCUCGUUGCCUGGGGGAGCGGGCGGAGUGGGCGCCGUAGCCUCUGGUCCCAGCAUGAAAUAAAGUGGAGCCCCGGCCCCUGGCCCUCUCUCCCAGCAGCCGUGGCUCAGCGGGCACAGGGCACAGGGACCCGCAGACAGACA